AUGGGCUCCUUGAACGCAACCGCCCCCCUUGAUGCUGCCGUCGCUUUGCCUGGCAGUACUUCAUUGCGGGGCAACCCGACCGUCGGCCCGGCGACCCGACCCGAUGCCUCCGGCACGAAAACUGUGUUGGGGUUCUCGCCCGAUAUGAGCAAGAACUUUGGUGGUUGUUUCGAUAUCAAAGAGAGGUUGGGUGUCGGCACCACCGGUGCGGUGUGCCAUAUUGUUGAAAAGAAAACUGGUAAAUCCUUUGCAGUUAAAGUUAUCAAGCGUUCCAGUCUUCCAAAGAUUCAUCACAAGAGAAUCUUACUAGAAGCGAGCAUCAUGAAGAAGGUAUCCUAUCUGGACCACGUCGUGACACUGCAUGGACUGCUUGCAGAUCAGAAUUCGUUUUACCUUGUCCAGGACUUGGGCCGUGGUGGCGACCUUUGCAGUCACCUGAUGAGGCACCGCCGAGCCUACAGUGAAGAGCGUGCCAAAGCCAUCGCCAUCAAGCUGUUCACAACAAUGCGGGAGCUUCAUCAAAGAAACAUCAUCCAUCGCGAUAUCAAGCUAGACAACAUUGUCUUGUCUGACCCACAAGACGACACAUCCGUGCUGUUGGCGGAUUUUGGUCUGGCCGCCAUCUUGCCAAGACGGGGGUAUGCAACCCGCAAGUGUGGUUCGCCAUUAUACUGUGCUCCUGAAGUUAUGGGGAGCAGACCAUAUGGCAACGCAGUCGACAUGUGGUCUAUCGGGAUAGUGUUAUUUAUGCUUUUGUCGUUGCGCCGGCCUUUUGUAGCCUCCAGCGUAAGUGAGCUUUACCAAAAGAUCAGUGACGGUGCGCAAGUCAAGUUCGAAGGUUCACCAUGGGACACGGUCAGCAAAGAAGCAAAAGAAUGCAUCAGGGGGCUCCUUACUGCAGACCCUCACGAACGAUGGACAGCAGAACAGGCCUUGCGGUCUCCAUGGAUUGUAGGGGCUGCUCGGGUCGAGUCCCAGGCACGCUAA